AUGUCUCGGUUUGUUUCGACAAUAAAGACUGCGAAAAAUUGCGCGUUCGAUGGGAUCGAUUAUGUCGCCCAUGGCGUGAAAGCAAGUGGCGGGUCCCUAAGGGUGAAUUUCGUCACGAGCAGCGAGUUCAUGACGAACUUCGGAGCAAGACUCUUUCUUUUGGCAAAUUCCACUAAAUAUCAGAGAUUCGACCUGCUAGACAAGGAGUUCUCGUUCGAUGUGGAUGUCAGUAGGCUUCCUUGUGGGCUCAAUGGCGUGGUGUCUUUCAACCUCAUGGAUAUGGAUGGGCAACAAGGCAAGUACCCCAACCCUGAGCAAUCGGGCGCUGGAUAUGGAACUGGUUAUUGUGAUGCAAAGUGUCCAAGAGAUCUGCAUUUCCUCAAUGGCGAAGCAAAUGUAGAAGGCUGGCAACCUUCCAGUACCAACAUGUAG